AUGUCUCUUCUUGAACAGUCGUUAGACGAGAUUAUUAACAGUGGGCCAGGCGGUCCGCGGAAGAGCCACAGCAAGCCCCGUCAGAGGGCUCAUAGAGGCGUGUCCAAGGCACAUGGAAAACCAGCCAGGGGCAGCAGAAGACCGCACAGACCGUCGGUUCCUCUUCCACGCAGCAAGGAAGCGGAGGAACUCAGCGGCGGACGACCAUAUUUGCGCGUGUCGCAUCUGCACCCGGAACUAACCGAGAAAGACUUAGAAGGCCUUUUUUCGAGCAUCGGAAGUCUGCUUUUCACCAAAAUAGAAUACAACACCAGAGGCGAGUCUACGGGAGUUGCUUUCGUUGGGUACCAAAACCCUGCCGACUGCGAGGUGGCCAUAGAAAGAUUCGAUGGACGCAGGGCUGCCGGCCAGAUUAUCAGCGUGGAGAACGCGAUUCCGCUCUCGCAGCGGAUCAGCGUGUCCAAAAGGGGAAAGAAGGCAAGAAGUCGCGAAAGAGAGCCGAAACCGCGUCGCAAGACCGUCGAAGAGCUGGACGCCGAGCUGAACAGUUAUAUGGGCGUCCCAGAGACAGAGACUCCAGCAGAGACGGAACAGCCGCGCGAGACGAGCGAGACCGGCGACAGCAAUCCCGCGUUCGCCGCUACAGACAUGAUGGUCGAAUAA